UCCUCCAGCUGAAGCUGCAACAGAGACGGACGAGAGAAGAGUUGGUCAACCAGGGAAUCAUGCCGCCACUGAAAAGUUCAGCCGCCUUCCACGAGCAGAGACGGAGCCUGGAACGAGCCCGGACUGAGGACUACCUGAAGAGGAAGAUCAGGAGUCGCCCGGAGCGAUCUGAGCUGAUCCGGAUGCACAUCCUGGAGGAGACGUCAGCUGAGCCGUCCCUGCAGGCCAAGCAGCUGCAGCUGAAGAGAGCUCGCAUCGCCGAUGAUCUGAACGACAAGAUCUCCCACCGGCCGGGACCCAUGGAGCUGAUCCACAAAAACAUCCUGCCUGUGCACUCCAGUAUUAAACAGGCCAUCAUAGAGACACGGUUUCCUAAGGCUUCAGGUGAUAACUCAUCAUGUGAUGAGGACAGUAAUGACAGUCUGUCUCCAGAACAGCCGGGAGGCCGGGAGUCGCCUCUGGGUCAGGCGCCGCUGCCGUCUCCCCCGGAGACUGUGGCAGGGAGCGGCGUCCCGUCUCCUGCGCAGGCCCCUCCUCCAGCUCCGUCUCUCCCACCGCUCUCCGGAUCCUCCCCCUCGCUGACGCUGACCAAUGGGACGGCAACGCCAUCUGUCCAGAAGAUGGGCGCCACCUCUCAGAUGAAGUCGCAGCCUAAACCGACCUCUGAGCGCUCUGCGCAGAGACACAAGAAACCCAAGGACAACAAGCCAAAGAUAAAGAAGUUAAAGUACCAUCAGUACAUCCCCCCCGACCAGAAGGGAGAUAAAGAGCCUCUUCCCCAUCUGGAUUCCCCUUACGCCAAAAUCCUGCAGCAGCAGCAGCUUUUCCUGCAGCUGCAGAUCCUCAGUCAGCAGCAGCAGCACUACAACUACCAGGCCAUCCUGCCGGCUCCACCAUCUUCUUCUUCUUCCUCCAAUUCCACGACCGCCUCCUCCCCGCCUCGACCUCUCGCCGCCCCCUCAGCGUCCGCCUCUGCCCAGAGCGUUCACAGCCAUCAAAGCUCCGCUCCUCCCGCUGGGACCAAACCGGUGUCUCUGCCUCCGAACCUGGACGAGCUGAAGGUGGUGGAGCUGAAGUGCCAGUUGAAGCUGCGUAGCUUGCCGGUCUCCGGCACCAAGAACGACCUCAUCGAGAGGCUGAGGACCUACCAGGAGCUGAACAGAGGCGGCGACACUACCCCCUCUCCGACAGCAGGGGGUGCCGCAGGGCCAGGGGCCGAAGCAGCCGGGAGAUCCUCCAAAAGUGCUGCAUCCUCCAGCAUCAGCAGCAGCAGCAACAACAACAACACAGCACAACAGUUUGAGUUUCAGUGCCGGCGCACGUCCUCUCUGACAGCUGAUGAAGGCAGCGGUGGGACGCCGCCUGUAGCCACUCCUCAGCAGCUCAUGACCUGCGGUGGCGCCGCGUCACCGCCACCCGUCUCCCUCGCCCUCUCUGACCGGCCGCCGGCCGCCAUCAGUCCGGCGGAUCCCGGCUUCACCGGCGACCCUCUGGGAGAAACGAUGAGUUCACCUCUCACCCAGCUGAGUCUUCAGCCACGAUCAGCCGCUCGACUUCCCGCCAAUAUUAAAGAGGAGCGCCCGUGCUCCACCCCCGCUCCCUGCCAGUUCUCUCUGCAGAAACACCGCGCGGUGUCAUCAGCUGCCCCCACCGCCACGACCACGGCUCCGCUACUGACUAUUGACAAAGACAAGAUGCUGCAGGAGAAGGAUAAGCAGAUCGAGGAGUUGACCAGGAUGCUGAGGCAGAAGCAGAGGCUGGUGGAGCUGCUGAGGAUGCAGCUGGAGCUGGGGAAGAGAGGAGGACGAGUGUCGGAGCCAGUGGUUCUGGUAAGAGUAAAACAAGAACCUCCUGAUAAGCCCAGCGUGUCUCUCUCAUCUGGUCGUCCUCCCUCCUCGCCUCAGACCUCAUCGUCAUCAUGUGACAUGGACGCCACCAAGGUUACUGUCAAACAGGAGGCCACGGAGACAGAGGAGGUUGUGUGUGAGUCCCUGGACUCGCGUGGAUUACCACGGUCUUACUCCCAGACGCAGGAGGCCCGGGAGCAGAUUCAGCUGCACAUCAAGCCGCAGACAAAACAAGAACAACGUGUCUGUCUCCAGCAGACCGCUCUGCAGCUGGCCCAGCAGCAGGCCAUACAGAAACUCCUGCUGCAGCAACAGCACAACAUUCACAACCAGCAGCAGAACCGCAAUCAGUGCGUCAACCAGCAGUCGGCCUCGGCCCCCUCUUUCCCGCUGGAUCUCCUUAAGACUGACUCCACCCCGGCCCUGGUCAGGGACAGCAACGGUAACCACUUCCUGAUUGCACUGACCAAUCACAUCACUGAGAACCAAAGUCCUGAUGCACCUGAGGGAAAAGCAACCAAUCACAUCACCCUUCAGCGACUGCAGUCGACUCCGGCUAAGCUCCCAGGUCAUAACCCCGUCCAGCUGCUCAAAGCCGAUGAUCAGUCCAAACAGAGCGUGCUCAUGGGAUUCCAGAAACAACAAAACACAAAGGCACAGAGCGGGGGCCUUCAUGUAUCUGUGGACCAACCGCAGCAGGAAGCUGCUCAGUGUUUGUCUGCGCCGCCCAGUCUGCAGCCUUUCUUCCAGGACCAGGACUCAGCUCCCUCAGGGAAAAACACCUCAUCACCUUCCUCUCAAACUACAGGAGAACUGUCGACCUCCUUCACGCCAGCGCCGGACCCGUCUCUGGACCGUCUCAAUCCAAACUCCUCCGCCCCUUCCCCUCCUCCCUCCCCGCUCCAGCUGUUGCUCUCACCCCCCAUCCCGCCCAGCUGUGACACCCCGCUGCCCGCCCCCCCACUGCAGUCUGAGCUUCAGACUCUGGUCGCCACCACAGAGGAGAAGCAGCACCUCAGCAACCCUGGAAGCGGACGCCUGGAGGACUUCCUCGAAAGCACCACCGGGAAGCCCCUCCUGGGGGUGGAGCCCGGGGGCCUGUUGACUUUGAUUGAUGACCUCCACAGCCAAAUGCUGUGCACCCCCAGCAUUCUGGACCAUCCCCCGUCUCCCAUGGACACCUUCAGCAUGGACGCUGAGGGCGAGCAAGGGCUGGACAGUAUGGAUUGGUUGGACCUCACCAUGGGACGAGCGAGGGAAGAGGAACCCCCCACGCUGGCCCCGCUGGGCCCCCAAACACCCCCUAGUGUCUUUUCCACAGACUUCCUGGAAAGUUACGACAUGCAGAUACACUGGGACUCCUGCCUGUAG